AUGAGUGAAAUCGAUGGAAGACGUAUUUAUUGUUCUGGUCGUGAUCUUCAUACGAUUAGUUCAGAUAUUUUUUCAUAUCCUGAUAUAUCCUAUUUAGAAUUAAGUCCAACACGUGAAGCUUCUCUUGAUUUUAAAUUAAAUGAAUUACCACGAGCUAUUGGUCGUUUAAAUGAAUUACGUUUUCUUAUAUUGGAUACAAAUAAUCUUCGUACAUUACCUAAUGAAUUAUGUCAAUUACGUGAAUUACUUGUACUUAUUGUUUCAAAUAAUUCAUUAAUUGCUUUACCUGAUGCUAUUGGUUAUAUGGAACAACUUGAAAGUAUUCAUUUGGCUAAUAAUUAUAUACGUGAUCUACCAACAUCAUUUUUUUAUUUAAGAAAUUUAACAUUUCUUGAUUUAUCAAGUAAUAAAUUACGUCAAUUAUCAGAUGGUAUCGGACAACUUACUGAAUUACGUUCACUUUUACUCUAUGAUAAUCAUCUACGUCUUUUACCAGAUACAAUUGGGAUGUUGAAAUGUUUAACAACACUUUGGCUUGGACAAAAUCGAUUACGUACAUUACCACGUACAUUAACUCAAUUAAAACAACUCGAUUGGGAACAUAAUUAUUUAUCAACAAUUUUAGAUGAUAAUCCAUUAUUAAAUCCACCACUUUCAGUUUGUCGAUUAGGUUUUAUUGCUAUUGAUAGAUGGCAUCAAGAGAAUUCAUCUUUAGGAUUUCUUAUUCUUGAUGGUGUACAACAAAGUAAUGAUGGACGAAAUUCAAUGAGUGAUGAAACAACAAGCAGAUUUUAUUAA